AUGGCGUUCACGGCCUCCCAUUGUCGCAACCUCACAGGCUCUACCAUUGCCAACGAAACUAUCCUCUUUGUCGACCUCCUGGCUUGUGGUGCUUCUGGCGCAGUGUACCGCGCCGUUGAUCUCACUUCGCCCGACUGCGACCAGUACGCCGUCAAGUGCAUGUCCAAAGCCUGCUACGAUAGUUCUCUCACACACCACCUCCGCCACGAAAUCCUCCUGCAUCAACGAGUCUCAAAACACCCUCAUAUCCUCACCAUGCACAGCGUAUACGAGGACGAGUCAUUUGUCUACAUCGUUCUCGACCUGAUCAGGAGUGGCGACCUGCGGAAAUCGAUAUACGAGAGGAGGGCUCCUUACUAUGGAAAUGACGAGAUUGUGAGGGCUGUGUUUGGGCAGAUUGUGGACGCGGUGGGCUAUUGUCAUAAUAAGGGGGUUUAUCAUCGAGAUUUGAAACCCGAUAAUAUUCUGACGAGUGAGGACGGGAAAUCGAUCUGGUUGGCUGAUUUUGGGCUGGCGACGGUGGACAAGAAGUGCAAAGAGAUCCGAACGGGAACUCUUCCCUACCUCAGUCCCGAAUGUCUAUCAGAGGCGCUCAGUCCAACGAGUGGCUUUUCACCUCGACAGAGCGAUAUCUGGGCACUCGGUAUCAUUCUUCUCAACCUCAUAUCUUCGGCCAACCCUUGGACCAUUGCCCAUGACGAAGACCAUUCCUUCAGUGCCUACCUCCGCGACCCACACUACCUUCGCCGCCGUCUCCCCAUCUCUGCCGAAGCCAACGACCUUUUAAAACGCAUACUCCAUCCAGACCCAUUCAAACGCCUCUCGCUACCCAAAAUACGAGCCGAAAUAACAAAAAUCAGUACAUUCUUCAUGUCACUGGACGAGAUCGAGAGUGGGACACCACACGUGAAAGCGUGGCAUGACAAGAUGACGAUGAAGAUGUGCGGUGAUGGGCCGCACGGUGCAGUGAAUGUCCAAGUGUUGGACUCGCCAGCAGACUCGGAGUACUCUAUCGAGAUGCAGAGCUCGAGUUCGAAGAGCAGUAUCGAAUCGUUACGCGAGGAGUAUAUUCUUCGUACACCUAGGAUCCACUCGCAAUCCACCGACGAGACUUCCAUGGAUUCGAAGCAGGAGUUCAAGACGGCGGGGCUUGUGCCUAGGGCAGACCUCGGGACUCUUGAGGGAGCUAAGGUUGAUUUCAAGUUGGAGAUGUUGAUGCAGGACAUUCUGGAUGGAUUGGAUGAUUUCGAGAAGGAUUCCGACUAUGAGGACGAACUAGUUACGACCAAGGUUGUAUGUUAGCAGUUAUUCAGGAUUGCGAUCUCGUUGUAUCCUACCUACUCUAAUCCAUGUACUACUUACUUUCGGAUGUCGCUAUUGAUUAGCGAUAUUCCAGCAAAUUUACUUGAUUUUAAC